GCAGUUUAGGAAUAUUUUAAGAAUUGUAACAACUGAUGAAAUAAUUUUAUACUUUCUAGACAUUUAAAAAUUGAAACCUGAAAAUGCCACAAAAAAAGAAAAAUAAUUCAUCAUUGGGAAGAGCUUUAAUGAAAGAGAGAUUUGGAGGAAGACAUAACACAUCUGGAAACAAAGCAUCUUCACAACAUAUGAGAGAAUAUGCUGAAAUUGCAGAUCCUGCUACAUUGAAUUUGAAAUCUGUAACAGAAUUGUCAUCGCUCGAUGAAUUUCUAGAAACAGCGGAGCUAGCAGGAACUGAGUUCACAGCGGAAAGAAUGAACAUUGAAUAUGUUCAACCAGCCAAUUUUGGAGUAAUAUCCAGUAUCGAAAGUCGUUUGAUCGAGGAAACGCAAGAAAAGUAUAAAGAGAAAAUUGUCAUUCCAAAACGACCGAAAUGGACUAGUGAAACAUCCGCUGAAGAACUAAAUGUAGCCGAAAAAGAAUCUUUUUUACAGUGGAGACGAUCUCUUGCAGAAAUUCAGGAGCAGGAACAUAUCACACUGACCCCUUAUGAGAAGAAUUUGGACUUUUGGAGGCAACUCUGGAGAGUCAUUGAACGAAGUAAUCUAGUCGUUCAAAUUGUGGAUGCAAGAGAUCCUUUGCUAUACAGAUGUAAAGAUUUGGAAAACUAUGUGAAGGAUGUUGAUCCAAAUAAGAAAAAUAUGAUUCUUAUAAACAAGGCAGAUCUUCUGAGUCAAAAGCAGCGAGAAGCUUGGGCUGAAUAUUUUGACGAACAAGGAGUAAUUGUGGCAUUCUGGUCUGCCACUCUAGAAGCUGAGAAUACUAUUCAACCUGACUCACUGAGUAUUGAGAAAUAUGAACCUAUCGAUAAAAACAACCCAUCAAUGCUGGAUAAAUAUGAAUUAAUCUCGUUUUUCAAAUCAGAGCUGCAUCAUAUAGAGGGGUGUAGGACUGUUGGGAUGGUAGGUUACCCAAACGUGGGUAAAAGCUCCACUAUCAAUACAAUAUUACAAUCAAAAAAGGUUGCAGUAUCUGCAACACCAGGUCGCACAAAACAUUUUCAGACAUUUUUUAUAGAAAAUGAUUUUAUACUUUGUGACUGCCCAGGUCUUGUUUUUCCGAGCUUUGUAUCAAAUAAAGCUGAAAUGAUCUUAAGUGGUAUUUUAUCUAUUGAUGAAAUGAGAGAUCACGUUGGCCCAAUAAACUUAGUUUGCCAAAGAAUACCAAGACAAGUAUUGGAAGUUACCUACGGUAUCAACAUUGCCAAACCUAUAGAUGGGGAAGAUGAAUCUCGUCCACCUACAUCACAAGAAUUAUUGGACGCAUAUGGACUAAUGAGGGGCUUCAUGACCUCAAGGGGUCAACCUGACAACCCCAGGUCAGCAAGAAUCGUUUUGAAAGACUUUGUGAAGGGUAAGCUAUUAUAUUGUCGCUCUCCUCAAGUUGCUGACCAGGAAAAGUAUUCGUCUUGGAACUAUUCUGUUAUUCAACAUGUCUUGCAAAUGGCAGAAAAUGCACCAGAUGAAAAUGCAAUAGAGGAAAUAUUGGUCACACAAAGAAAAGUGGAAAGAUUACAAAAGCAGGAUCAAAUUCAACCCAAAAAUGAAGUUGAUGAAGCUUUUUUUGAUUCACAGAAUGUGAAGGCAUUUACAAAAGGAACACUGUUGGGUGGUGGCGGUGAUAAAGGUUCAAAAAGUGAAAAUGAUUUUUCUAAACCAUGGAAAAAACACAAUAAUAAGAAUAAGAAAGAAAAAGUAAAAAGGACAAGAAAUCCCUAUUUGUAUUAAUAAUUUUGUUUUCAAUUACAUAAAAUGGUGAUAUUAAUAUUUUCUGAUUGUCGUUUGCUUGGUUCAGUACCAUACAUCCAGUAUUUGGGCAACUUGGUUUAAUUUUGCUCAUGUAGAACAGGAAUUUUCUACAAAUGGGGUCA